UGCCACCCCCUGGUCCGCGCUCUCGGCCCUUCGGCCGGGCGGUACCCAGCCCUCCCGGCACCCCCCUCCUCUCCUCCCUCCGGCCUGCCCUUCCCCGCGGGACUGCCACCCUCCACCUUCGCCCCAGCCUUCUUCUCUCCCCGCCGGAGCCGCGGAGGCAGCAGUAGCAGCAGCCGCAAGAGGAGGAGCCGGAGGCGGCGGUGGCCGGGGAGCCCAUGGCGUACAGUCAAGGAGGCGGCAAGAAGAAAGUCUGCUACUACUAUGAUGGUGAUAUUGGAAAUUAUUAUUACGGACAGGGUCAUCCCAUGAAACCUCAUAGGAUCCGCAUGACCCAUAACUUGCUGCUAAAUUAUGGCUUAUAUAGAAAAAUGGAAAUAUAUAGGCCCCAUAAAGCCACUGCUGAAGAAAUGACAAAAUACCACAGUGAUGAGUACAUCAAAUUUCUACGUUCAAUAAGACCAGAUAACAUGUCUGAGUAUAGUAAGCAGAUGCAGAGAUUUAAUGUCGGAGAGGACUGUCCAGUGUUUGAUGGACUUUUUGAGUUUUGUCAGCUUUCAACUGGUGGCUCAGUUGCUGGUGCUGUGAAGUUAAACCGACAACAAACUGAUAUGGCUGUUAACUGGGCUGGAGGAUUACAUCAUGCUAAGAAAUCAGAAGCAUCAGGAUUCUGUUAUGUUAAUGAUAUUGUGCUUGCCAUCCUUGAAUUACUAAAGUAUCAUCAGAGAGUCUUAUAUAUUGAUAUUGAUAUCCAUCAUGGUGAUGGUGUUGAGGAGGCUUUUUAUACAACAGAUCGUGUAAUGACUGUAUCAUUCCAUAAGUAUGGGGAAUACUUUCCUGGAACAGGAGACUUAAGGGAUAUUGGCGCAGGAAAAGGCAAAUACUAUGCUGUCAAUUUUCCAAUGAGAGAUGGUAUAGAUGAUGAAUCAUAUGGCCAGAUAUUUAAGCCUAUUAUUUCAAAGGUGAUGGAGAUGUAUCAGCCUAGUGCUGUGGUGCUACAAUGUGGUGCAGACUCACUAUCUGGUGAUAGACUCGGUUGCUUCAAUUUGACAGUUAAAGGUCAUGCUAAAUGUGUAGAAGUUGUAAAAACUUUCAAUUUACCAUUACUGAUGCUUGGGGGAGGUGGAUACACAAUCCGCAACGUUGCUCGGUGUUGGACAUAUGAGACUGCAGUUGCCCUUGAUUGUGAGAUUCCCAACGAAUUGCCAUAUAAUGAUUAUUUUGAGUAUUUUGGACCGGACUUCAAACUGCAUAUUAGUCCUUCAAACAUGACAAACCAGAACACUCCAGAAUAUAUGGAAAAGAUAAAACAGCGUUUAUUUGAAAAUUUACGCAUGUUGCCUCAUGCACCUGGCGUCCAGAUGCAGGCUAUUCCAGAAGAUGCAGUUCAUGAAGAUAGUGGGGAUGAAGAUGGAGAAGAUCCAGACAAGAGAAUUUCUAUUCGAGCAUCAGACAAACGAAUAGCUUGUGAUGAAGAGUUCUCAGAUUCUGAGGACGAAGGAGAAGGUGGUCGUAGAAAUGUGACUGAUCAUAAGAAAGGAGCAAAAAAAGCUAGAAUCGAAGAAGACAAGAAGGAAACGGAGGACAAAAAAACAGAUGUUAAGGAGGAAGAUAAAUCCAAGGAUAAUAGUGGUGAAAAAACAGAUACCAAAGGAGCCAAAUCAGAACAGCUCAGCAAUCCUUGAAUUUGAGUCUCACCACUUUCAGAAACCAUAAAAAUGUGAGAAAAUAUUGGGAAGAAAAAUGUUUUUUUCUUUUUGAAGACUUCUGGCUUCAUUUUAUACUACUUUGGCAUGGACUGUAUUUAUUUUCAAAAUGGCUUUGUUUUUGUUUUUCUUGGCAAGUUUUAUUGUGAG